UUUCUGCCCCUGGCCCUCUCGCUCCCCCUCUCCACUUCCCAGUGGGCCCCACGUGACGUGUAGGCCCUACCGCUCGACAGACGGAAGCGGGGACACUUGGCUCGUGUCUGUCGUAGUGGCCACAAGUUCAUCGCAAGUGCUGCUGUGCGGCAGUUCCCCGAAUCCACCACUAUGAGGAUCGGCGCUCUUUUGCUGGCGCUCGCUGCCGUACUGGUCGCCGCGGAGGCCCACAGCUCCAAGUUCCUGCCAGCCGUGCGAGCGAGCCUCUCGCUGGGCUCCAGCCUGCUGCGUCACGUGGCCGCGAUCAAGGACCGGCUGCGCGAUGACGUCGAGCGCCAAAUGCUUUAUAACUUCAAGUUUCGUCAUAAUCCGGGGCUCGCCUUCUUGCUCAAGCUGCCCCCUUUUAAUUCACCCAGGCUGAAGCGGCCGUGGGCGAGUCCUGCGUUCCACAGCUCCUUCAGCUACCAAGCGAGCUCCUCCGGUCCACACAUGCUGCCGCUGCCACACAUGCUGCCGAUGCCCGCCAUUGCGAUUGUGCCCUGCCGCAACAUCAGGACCCGCAUUGCGCACUUGGCAUUGCCUUGCAUCGGGAUAGCCUCUGAAGAGUUCCAGCGACCGGCCGCUGGCCUUGGAGCUUCGCAGCCCGACAACGUCACACAGGGAACGUCGAACGUCAAGGCUGACACCACCAGCGACCUCGCCCCGAGGGUACCGACGAGCACGGUGACCUACGGAACAGACCCUGUGGAACAGUACGUCACAGGUGUGGUCACCCGAGCCGUUGCCGUCACCGAAAACGGCGAGACCACAACCGAGACCAGGGAGGUGACGCCCACUCUGAGCGAGCUGACAAGUGACGUCACGGCGACAGACGCAGUCUCAUUGGCGCUCGGUACGCGUGCUGACGACGUGACAACUGUCACAGACAGCCCGGACGUCGAAGUCACUAGCGAAGCUGGAUAUGCUAAGUAUACGGCACAGGAGCCCGCUAAUUUGGACAGGAAAGGGAACAUGAUCUUGGACAUGUUCGGUAUCCCUACCACAAGCACUAAUGACAAUGCUCAGAACACCACAGAACAGCCCACGUCUUCUGCCACCGAUGACAUGAACUUCAACGACAUCCUGAAAGAAGCCGAGGCCGCCUUUGCGAAGUUGUCCGACCAGUAACUCUAUAGCGGACAAUGGAUCUUGCAAUGACUUGAGUGACAUUUAUUUGCCGUUGUAAAUAUGUGAAUAAACUCAUUACAAGUA